GUGCCAGGACGGGAUCCCGAAGUACAGCGCUGUCCUGUAGUGAAAACGCCAGCUGCAGGUGGUCAUUGCUGGUGAUAUGCAACUGGUAUCGAGUUUUGUAAUAGGUACAAAGUACACAUCCGACUGAGAGGAAGUGGAGUUCAGCAACACAUAGGAAUACAUCAGAUUAAAUGACUUGUGUAUGAAAGAAAGAUACAUCAGGUCUACAGCUAGAGGAGAUCCCAGCAGACUUCAUUUUUCAACAUGGGAGUGACUCGACAUGUUUAUGUGGAGGCCAGAGGAGUGAAUGCAUGAUGAGGCAACAAUGGAUGGAGCAUAAAGAAUAAGGGUGGACCACAGUUCAGUAGAUUCUGUCUUUUGUUAUGAAGAAUGAUUGAAGAGGAUGAUGAUUUAAAGCUCAAAGAAGAAAUAGAAGCUGAAUUGGAUAAAAUCAGCAUUUCCACCUUAGAAAAUUAUGAGAUUGAGAGUGAAUCAAAAUCAGAAAGCCUGAGUGAUGAUAGUGAUACUGGUUUAGAUGAAUUACCAGAGUCAGUUCUUCACUGUAUUAACAUCAUAAAGAAAAAGAGUAAGACUGCUGAAGAGCUCAUUCUUCAGGAUGUAGAAGAUUCCAAUGCUUUAAGCUGCAGUUAUGGACCGGUGUCUAAUAAUCACAUGCACUUCAGGCUAGGAUCAUCAUCUGAAUCAAAAGAAAAUUCUGAGCAGUUGGUGAAGAUGCUAGCUGAAAUAGAAAAGGAAGAAUUCUUGAGAAGUAAAACCCAUUGUUCCAGUUUAGACACUGUUUCUGAGCCUGAGCCUUGUGACUUGUCUUUGGAUGAACAAGUUUUACCAGAUGAUGCGGAUAUAAGUUUUGGAUACUUUGAAGUGGAAGAAAAAUGUAAACAGUCUUUCGAAGCUUGGCAAGACAAACAGAAAGAACUUGAAAACAAAGAGAAUGAGACUCUCCAAGCUCAGAGAGACAGAGACAAAAGACAAUUUGAAGAAGAUGAAGAAAAGAGACAUUGCUGGCUGGAACAAUUUGAGAUUGAAAAGAGAAAACUAGAGAAUAUUCAGAAGGAAGAGCAGGACAAGAUGAAUUAUGAACUUCAAGAAGAAGAGAAAAUGUGGAAAGAGAAAUUUAAACAGCAUGAGGAAUUUAUAAGAAACUUGCAUUUACAAAUGGAAGAGGAACGAAUGAAAUUUAAUGAGUUCCAGGAAAAAGAAAAAAAGCGUUUGUUAAAAUUGCAGCACAGUGCUGCCGUAAAAAUCCAGGCUGCAUACAAAGCACUUGUAACCUAUCAAAAAUAUAACCCAGUCAUAAAAAGACAAAUCGAAAAUAAGAAGAGGAAAGCCCAAGAAUCAAAGGAAAGGGAAGCAAAUAUCCGAAAAAGGGAGGAAGAAAGACGGAAAAAGUUAGAAGAGAAACAGAAGGUAGAGAAAGAGAUGAAACGGCAGAAGGAAGAAGCAAGGAAAAGGAGAGAAAAGGAAUAUGAAGACAAAAAGAAUAUUCUGAGACAAAAACGAGAGGAACUAAACAGUCAGGAGCAAGUAAGACUCAAGGAAGAUGCAGGUCAACGGCUAAUAGUAUCUAGUGCACUGAAGACUGGGAAAUGUGAAACCAGACAUUUGUUAGUUGCAGAUAUGUCAAAGAAUAAAGGUGAUGUAGUCAAACAGCCCAUGGAGUCACAGCCAGAAAAUCGGGAAGAUGCUUCUUUGUGGCUAGACAAGCAAUCAAAUAAGAGAGAAAAUGUGAAUAGUGAUCUUAUUUUGAAAGAAUCUACACAACUGCAAUCAAACCAAGCAAAUUUUGUAGAGUUAAACAUGGAAGAAAAACAUAAAAAUCUACUAAAACAUCCAUCUCUAGAAAUAUCGGCGAGGGAAGAAAUAAAGUAUGAAAAUAUGGACAAAACUGAAUUUGACAACUCAGAUCUGAAAGAAAAUGUGAAUGAACAGUUUCAACUGCAAGAAUUAAAGUCUCAGACACAAAAAGAGGAUGACAGUGCAAAUGAGAAUAUCGGACAAAAAAUACAAGUGUCAGGACAUAGACAAGAAAUGAAUGAGGUAAAAAGCAAUGAAGCACAGGGAUUUAUCAAAGACAAUCAACAGGAGAGGAUUCAAGGAAGAGAAAAUGAAGAGAUAGCAAAACAAAAUGAGAUGAAAAACAACGGAACACAGGAAAUAAUCAAAGAUGAUCAACAGGAGAUGGUGCAAGGAAUAGAAAAAGAAGAGGUACGGGAACAGAAUGUUUCACACUAUGAUGAAAAUAGUAUGUCAACCUUAUCAAUGAAACAAUACAAACUGUCACAAAAUCUAGAGAUUUCUGAAGCUGUAGAGGAAAAUAUAAGACUACAAGAAACAGGAACUGAUCUAAGCUCUGAGAAAACUGAACAAAUUUUCAAAAACAAUCGUCUGAAUAGUGGCAUUGUGGUAAUUAACACCACUGAUACCCAGGUGGACACAGAAAGUGACAUAAACAAGCAAGACUUUGUUUUAGAUACACAGGCAACUUGUGAAGACUUGAGUGGCUAUAAUGCAACAGCCUUCUUGGCUGCUAAGGAAGUAAACACUCUUAACUUUCAAAUCAAAGAAAUUGCAGAAGAAUGCCAGGAAAAGAGGUCUGAAUGUGAAAGCACCACCACCUGCUCUAUAACAGAAUCAACAUUUUUAUGUGCAGUUGAGGAAAAGAGAUUAUGUUGGAUAAAAUCCUUUAAGCCUUGGUUUGAUAUUUUCAAGCAAAAUCUAGAAAAGAAACUUAUUAAGAGAAGAAGACUUGUAAAAUGCCCUGUCAAUAUGAUGCCCCCUUUGAAUACUUUAGAAAUUCUUCAGUGUGGCCCUUGGCAUACCUUACCACAGGUUACAACAGUUACAUUUCAAGAUUUACCAGGCUGUAGUCUGUCCACUUUGGCAGAGUGUAUAAAUCUUCAAUUUCUAUCUCUCCGGCGUUGUGGAUUAAUUUCUUUGCAUAGCCUGACAAACUGUAAAAAACUUAAGUACAUAGAUGCACAGGAAAACCAUAUUGAGACAAUCAACUUGGAAAACUUGGACAAUCUUUGUGUUGUUCUGCUUAAUAAAAAUCAACUCACGUCUUUUCAUGGCUUGGAUGGUUGCACUAAUAUUCGAAAUCUCGAACUCUCACAUAAUAAGAUCACUCGUAUUGGUGGUUUAGAAUCUUUGAAAAAUCUUCAACAGCUAAUCAUGGACCACAAUCAGCUAAUUAGUACCAGAGGCCUUUGUGACACACCCACCAUCAUACACUUGGAUUGCUCAUAUAAUCAUCUUACCGAUGUUGAAGGCAUUGAAAAUUGUGGGUUGCUUCAGAUAUUGAAGUUACAGGGAAAUUAUCUAAGUGAGCUUCCGUCCCUGAGGAAUCACGUUCUACUGAGAGAACUUCACCUGGAUGAUAACAGCAUUUCAACUGUGGAAGCAUUCUCUUCUUAUUGGUUGCCGUUACUUCAAAACCUCACGCUUUCUCAAAACAGUUUAACAAAAAUUGUUCCACUUUUUCAUUUUGUUUCUUUGGAAAAGCUAGAUGUCAGCAAUAAUUGUCUGUCUGACCUUACAAGUGUGAAACAAUGGUUUGAUCGAUGCUAUUCUCUCUGUGAACUCUCUCUCACUGGAAACCCACUCCUUCAAGAAACAAACUGGAGACAAACCCUACUUAAAAUAUUACCCACUCUAAGAAUCCUGAAUGGUGAUAUGCUGACCUCUUGUUCAGAAAUCCCCAGUGUAGAACACCACCAGCUAGAAUCCAUGUGUUUCCUCGAUCUUUGUCAGCGCCAGAUUCAAGAACUCACUUCACUGACUGAAAACUGUAUCACUGGAAAUAGGGACAUAUUCACUUGGGAUGCUGCAGAACAACUCUGUCUUUCCUUUAACAAGUUGAUGGCACUAAGUAAUGAAUUCAGAGGUGAACAUGAACAUGGAGAUGUUAAUGUGACCAAGAGAGACAAAUCAGAAACUCCUCCAUGUCAUCCCACCCUUCUGAACAGUGACAGGACCCUCUCUCAGUCUCAUGCAAAUGAACACCAAGCAGAAGCAUUAGAGAGUCCUAAGAAAUUGAUUGACAUUUAUUCUAGCCACUCAGCCUCAAGCUUCUCUUUCUUGGGUGAAAAUAUGGAAAGAAAAAAUAAGGAAAGAUUUAUAGACCAGAAGAGAGAAGACAGCAAGAUAGACAGCAUCGCCACCAAAAAAAUUCCACUCAUGGAAACAGUAAUGAAGAAAUCCCUGCUGAGUAAUCAUCAAAAUAUUGAACAGGAUUCAAAAAUUACAGCGGCUGUAAUAAUCCAGGCUCACUGGCGUGGUUACAUCACACGUAGAGAAAUCCAUUUCUCUACAAAGCUACAUUGUGCUGCAACAGUACCUCAACGAAAUUCCUUCAUCAGUAACCAGGCUGUUUUAAAGAAAAGACAAAAAGAAAAUAUUAUAACUCUUCAAGAACAAAGGGAGAAGGCCGCUCUUCGUAUUCAGGCAGUUUGGAAGGGCUUUAUAUUACGAAAGAAACUGACAACAGCCCUGGAGGCAAUUGAGAAUGAAGAAUCAGAAGAAGACUAUGAAGAAAUAGAUCUAGGGGACUUUACAUUCGAUGAAGCUGCCUUAGAGAAAGAAUGGCUCGCUGCAGAUUCCACCCACUUCCCUUCACAAACACUGCUCCUCCCAAACCAGCUGCACUGGCCAAAGAAUUCUGGAGCCUUGAAAUAUGAUGAUUCGUCCCUUAAUUUUCCAAGUUAUCCCGCAGAAGCAUGGCUAUGCAAUGAGAAAGAAAAUGUGUUUUCACUGGAACACACACAUUUAAACACCAAAUCAGAAAACACUUCUUUAUCCUGGACACCUGAAUCAAGACUAACUAGGAAGAGCUUGCUAAAAUCUGAAAAAGAAGAAAAAAUUUCAGAAGAAUGGGGCUUCAAGGAAAUUUCUACUGCACAGCAAAUGCUGAAGAGGGCACAGAAGAUGAAAUCAAAGAAAGUGAAGAAAAAAUUAGAUCCUACUCUGCGCCUAGCAUUAUUCAAAAAUAGUGAAAAUAAAGUUUCUGCUAGAAAAUCAUUAAAGAAGUCACAACCCCACAGAGAAAGUUACUUUGAAGUUUUACAGACUGGGAAAUCUGCAAUCAAAGUUACAGUCCAUUCCAUUUCUGGCCCUGACUUUCUGCCUGCUAAGGAAGAAGACUUGACUCACAAGGACACCUCUGCAAAUGAAAGAUUAGAACGGAGAAGAGAAUACACAUCCCAGUGGCUUCACACACAGGUUGGGAUUCAUGGAACAACCAGUUCUAGAAAUAUGAAAUGCAAUCACUUCUUGCCUGAGUUAGACCCAGAUGUACUAAAUGGUGGAAGAGUUCAACUUGUGGCAAGACUUGUAAGCAGAGAAGACACGGAUUUAGACCUUUUUUCUAUGACCAGUGGAAGUGCUUUGUCUGUGAAAAGAGAGAAAAAAAGUCAGGCACACAAACACUCAGCAGGAUCUUCAAGUCAUUCAAUUAAGGGAGUAUGUGCACCAGUGAUAACAAAUACAAGACCUUCUAAAAGAGAACGCAUAUCAUUCCGUGACAAUCCUGUACAGCUCAGUGGUGGAUGGGGAGGUGGCAAAAAGAAGUCAAAAACUUCCAAGUAAUCCUUCAAGCUUCAGCAUUCAAAACAGGUGGCAAAAUGUUUCAUUCAAAAGAAAUCUGUGGAUGUCUGGUCAUGUUACCAACUGGGCACAAGAUUUUUGAGUACUGUAUUUAAUAAUUUAUAGAGUUUUACAUAUUUCACAAUUUUGAUGUCUUAUGCAAGCAUCUUAUUUCUCUUCUAUAAAGUGGACUUUGAAAUUCUUCCUGUAUUCCUAUGGAAUGAUCUCCAUAAAAUACUUGAAAUAUUGAGAUGGAAUUUUUAUAGAGCUCUUCUAACUUAGUUUACAGGUUUAUGACACAUGGGUUCAAGGUGAUUCUACUUACCAGUAAAGAUUUCAAUUCUACUCACUGAAACAAAAGAAUA